AUGUCUCAAAAUGCAAUACUUGAUUUUAAACUAACAAUAUUUGCUUUAUUUACAAAAGCACAUGAUAAUUCAAAUGUUACAUGGUCCUUACAAGAUGCAAUUGCAACAGGAUUUGAAAAAUUUCUCGACAAAUCACAAGCAGUUAAUCAUUGGCAAUGCGGUCUUGAUUUAGAUUUAAAUACAGGGAAGAAUCAAUUAUUUAGUCGACGUCAAUAUGAUAAAAACACCGAACAACAACAACGUUUAAAAAUGAAACAAUAUGCAAUAAAUGAUCGUGCUGCAAUUGCCGACUUAUUCUUUCACAUGUGUCCAGAAAAAGCAGACAAUCAUCAAGUACUUGAGACACCAACAACAACAUCGACAAAUAUUAUAAUUAAUUUUGAAAAUGAAUUAUCGGACUUUAGCGAAGAUGAAUUAAUUCAAAUUUUAAUGCCAAAAUUCAAUAAACGAGAACCAAUAUUACCACCACCAGACGAUGAUCCACAUGCCUUAACAAUUACAACAACACAAGAAGAAAUGAACGAAUUUAACUUAAUGGAAGAACAACAACAACAACAAUCACAAAUACAAACGACAACAUUAACAAAAUCUGAACAACAAAGAAGAAAAAAUUUAAAACUUAAAUGGAAGCAAAAGAACCAUCCAGAUUUUCAGCCCAAGAUCAAACGGCUCAUUUAUCAUAGAUAUGAUUAUUAA